AUGAUGUCUCCAUUAUCUGAACAAACUAAAGUUGGUAAAGGACAUCCGUACAAAGGACUUUUCCAAGGUAAGGUACAUUCCCAACCAAAUUUAUUAGUUAAUGGUAAUAGUUCACAGAUGAAUGAGGUUAAUUUAAAUACGAAUGAUUCUACAAUAGACAAUUUUACAAAUUUAGAUGAUUCUAAGGAAAGUCUAGGGUUAGGACUGUCUUUUGAAACUGUUGACACAAACAAUAUGUUAGAUAAAGUUGCUGUACAGCAAGAUAUACUUAAUAACGAUGACAUUGUUAAUAACAAUAGAAUAAAUAACUAUGUUUAUCCAAAUAAUCAAGACCUUCCUAUACCAAUUAGUAGAACAAUUGUAUCUCUAGAUAAUUCUUCAUCUAAUAAUAAUAACAAGGAAGAUAUAUCUUUAUUUAAAAUAGCACCUAACAAGAUACGGGAUCCUGCAACUUAUAAUGGUAGUGGAUUAUCUGAAAUAGGUAGUUCGUCAUCACUUCAUACAGUUAAUACACCUAAUACAGCUUCAACAACAAAUUUGAAUAACAUGCAUAAAAUUAAUAGUAAUAAUAUGUCAACUACAUCUAUUAAUUUGGCAUCAUUAAGAAAAAAAUCACAAUCAGUAGAUCUUUCUCAUUUAUAUUUAUUAAAUACUAACAGUGAAGCACAAUUGACAUCAACUAAUGAAUCUGUUGCAGAUAUGUCACAUCAAAUAAUUAAAAAGUAUCUUGGUGAAGAGAAUAAUUCAUCUUUGGUACCAAGAUUAAAAACUAUUGAAAUGUAUAAAGAAAGUGUUAAAAAAUCAAAGGAUCCUAAAAUGUUAUUUGAAUUUGCACAAUAUUUGUUACAAACUGCUUUAACCACAAAUACAGAAUCUAAUACAUCUUCCUUUUUAUCUGAAAAAACUACGGAAGAACAAGAGAUGAAGAAGAUGUUUCUUAAGGAAUCUAAGCAUUAUUUAAAAAAAUUAAGUGUUAAAGGUUACGCUGAUGCUCAAUAUUUAUUGGCAGAUUCGUAUUCAUCUGGUGUCUUUGGCAAAGUUGACAAUAAAGAAGCUUUUAUCUUAUUUCAAACAGCUGCUAAGCAUGGACAUAUUGAAAGUGCUUAUAGAACUGCACAUUGCUAUGAAGAAGGGAUUGGUACUACAAGUGAUUCAAGGAAGGCGUUAAAUUUCUUGAAAUUUGCUGCUUCAAGAAAUCAUCCAUCUGCGAUGUUUAAAUUAGGUUUAUAUUCUUUUUACGGUAAGAUGGGUCUGCCCACUGAUGUGAACACAAAACAAAAUGGUAUCAAAUGGCUAUCUAGGGCUGCUGCAAGGGCUACUGAAUUGACAGCAGCGGCUCCUUAUGAAUUAGCAAAAAUUUAUGAAGUUGGAUUUUUGGAUAUUCUUAUACCAGAUGAAAAAUACGCAAUGGAAUUAUACAUUGAAGCUGCUGCUCUGGGUCAUGUUCCCUCAUCAACAUUAUUAGGACAAAUUUAUGAAACGGGAAAUGAUACUGUUCCUCAAGAUGUUAGUCUUUCUGUUCAUUACUAUACACAAGCCGCUUUAAGAGGAGAUCCAGUAGCAAUGCUAGGCUUGUGUGCAUGGUACUUGUUAGGUGCAGAACCUGCAUUUUCUAAAGAUGAAAAUGAAGCAUUCCAAUGGGCACAUAAAGCUGCGGUUGCAGGGUAUGCUAAAGCACAAUUUACUUUGGGAUAUUUUUAUGAACAUGGGAAAGGUUGUUCUGCUGAUAAAACUGCAUCUUUGAAAUGGUAUCAACGGGCAGCAAAGAAUAAUGAUGAAAGAGCAAUCAAUAAAUUGAAGAAAACUAACAUGAAGAUUCCUAAAAAAUCGUCGAAAAACUAUAAAAUAAAAGAUAAGAACCACUCUCGUAAAACUCUAAGUAUUAGUACACUAAAUUUGUUUGGUAUAUCCGACACUGAAUUAAAUGAUAAAAGCUGCGUUCCAGUGGAUGAAAAAAAGGAAGAAAAUAAAGUGACACCUGAUCCUAAUUCUGAUAAGAAACAAUAUGAUGGAUAUGUAGAAAAUGAGCGGGUUAAGAGUAAUGAAGUUAAAAAUGUUAUAUAUGAAGAAGCAGUGUCUAAUUCUGAAUCAUCAGCAUUCAAAGUAAAUAGGGCGACCAAUUUUAAUAUUGACGACAACCAUAACAAUAAUUCAAAAACACAAACACAAUUUGAAGAGAGUCAUAUUAAUGGCACUGCUUUUACUUCUACAAAAAUGCCAAUGGGCUUUGUAGACAAUUUUAAUUUACAAAAUUCAGUUCAGUCGCAACAUACUCCAAGCGGUGGUAUUAUUCAGUCAAAUAGUGAAGUAAACCAAAUAACGCAUGUACUUUCUAAUUCUAAAUCUUCCACAAGUAACACAUUUAAAUUUUCAACAUCAGCAGAUACUCCAAAAUUACUACAUAAACAGGCAAAAUUAAAACAAAACAAGACCAUUUUCCCUAAAAAGCAAAAGUCAAAUGGCUUUGCUGAAGAAGAUAAGGAAAAACCUAAAAAAGACUGUAUAAUCAUGUAA